AUGCAGCUUUCUACUUACCUCGCUGUAGCCAUCUCCGUCGGCAGCUCCAAUGCCUUAUAUCAAGGAUUUAACGCACAAGUACGCAAUUCUGAUGGAUCGUGCAAAAAACAAGCAGAUUGGGAGGCAGAUUUCAAUACGACACUUUCGCUCCCAGGAAACUUCAACAGCUUACGUCUGUUCUCCUCUUUGGAAUGCGACGCCAUAAACCUCAUUGCGCCUGCCGCCAUUGUUACCGGUGGUAAAGUUCUGGCAGGUAUCUCGAUACAACACCCAGAACUUUUUGCAGUAGAAAAGCAACAGCUAUUGGAAGCUGUCAAACAUCACGGUUCCGAAUGGCUCGCUGCUGUAUCGGUUGGGUACGACGAUUUAAAAAACAGCGAGAUCUUGUCUGAUUCUCUAGCUAAAAAGAUCGACGAUGUUCGUGGUAUGCUAUACAACGUCACUGAAAGCAAAACAACCGUGCCUGUUGGACAUAUUGAUAGUUGGACUGCCUGGGUUGAUAUAAAUAACGCGCCUGCCAUUAAUGCCUGUGACUUUAUCGGGACCAAGUUAAACCCAUCCCUCCAUAAUAAUGACUCGAUUUCGAUACAAGACAGCAUCAAUGUAUACAACGACAACCUUAAUCAAGUUAGGGAAGCCGUCGCAAGUGCUGGUUCUAAUUCAUCAAUCUGGAUUACCGAGGGUGGAUGGCCUUCUAUUAGUAACCCAGUAACCGAAAUUGUACCCACCAUUGAAAUUGCUCAGACUAUCUGGAAAAACAUUACCUGCCCACUCUUUGAAACCAACAAUAUAUUUUGGAGAUCUCUACAACAUCAACAAGAAUCAUCCUCUCUUGGUGUCCUUAAUGCUGAUGGCAAACCAUUGUACGAUUUAACUUGCUAA